GGCAGGAAGGGGAAGCUGGGUGAGUGGAACAGGGCGAGGAGGCUCCAAGCUCAGGCCCAGCAGCAGCUGGAGAGAUGGGCCAGAGGGACAGGGCCAUAUGGCUGUCACUGACGCUGCUGCUUCUCUGUGUUCCAGGUUCUCUGCCCCUGACAGCGCUUCACUCUGUGUCAGGCACUAUAGGGAGCUCUCUGACUGUGCGGUGUCACUAUGAGACACAAUACAAAGGGUAUAACAAGUACUGGUGCAGAGGACCAGAUGCCCCGGACUGUACCAAGAUUGUGGAGACCCAUGGCAAAGAGCGGGAAGUGAGGAGUGGUCGUGUGACCAUCAGAGACCAUGCCAAGAGCCUCACGUUCACAGUGACCAUCGAAGACCUCAGUGCCCAGGAUGCUGGACCCUACUGGUGCAGGAUUCAAACAGUGUGGAUCCUGGACAUCUGGUCCUAUGACCCCUCAGUCGACGUGCAUGUCUCUGUUUUCCCAGCACCAACGACCGUGCCUCCAACCACCACCAUACUGGACCUCUGCACAGAGGAAGAGGAGGUGCAGACUCACUGCCCAGGGUCCCUGCUCAGCAGCACCCCCUUCCUGCUCCUGGUCUUCCUGAAGGUCCCCCUACUCCUGAUCAUGCUCAGUGCUGUCCUCUGGGUGAACCGGCCUCUGAGGAAUCCUGCAGCCUGACAAGGGGACUCUGCCCCCAAGAACACCUUGUUUGGGAACAUAGCCCUUCACGAAGGGCAAGACACACCCUGGGACUCUGGAUCACACGAGGCUGGGUGAAAACAUGCCUGGAUUCUUGAGAGCUCCAAAGGAUUGUUCCUGUGUCUCAGGGGGGAAUCCCUGAUUCUUAGAGCAUCUCCUGGACCCUUCUGUGUAGGACACCCUUUCUGGUCCCUAGGCCUGCUGGGAAUUCUCUGGAAGCUGCAUGCUCAGAAACCCAAUCUUUCACUCUUCCGCUACACAGGUUUCUCAGCUCGGUGUCCCUCUCCCCCAUUUAACAUUAUGGUCUCCUUCUCCCUGCAGAGAGCAGAUAACCUCCUGGUGACAUGUCUCCAUAUCUUCAGUUUUGGGCUCCUAGGGUGCCUCCUCUGAGACAGUCCCAGGACAUUCUAAUCCUGGCAGGAGGUGUAUGCAGAUGCCCACCAUCCUGCCCACUCAGGGUUCUGUCCCCUCUUCUGGUGUUUCUUGGUUCUCACUGGGCCUGAACCUCCCUUGUGCUCCUGUGACCAGUGGGCUUAGCACGACUGGUUGUGGUCAAGUCUCUCGGCGCUAAAUUUCUUUUUUAAAAGACGUUUUUAUUACAACUUUGCUGUGGCUGUCACUGGGGCUUCAAAGCUCUGGGCCAACUUUUUUAGGUA